UUGAGCCUCUCGUGCACCCGUAGCUGUUCACUUUUCCUCCACGUCAGCUGCAUCUGCGCACUGCUCUCUUCCACACAUACAUCAAGUUUCUUACACUGGUAAUCGGACAGUAAAACCUUUCCUGACGUGACAAUUAUCGCAUGGAGCGAUGUUUAAGAAACUGAAGCAGAAGGUGAUAGAGGAGCAGUCGCCUCAGCGGAGCAGCGCGCAGGCGCAGGUGAGUUCAGGAGAGAGGCGUGCUCAACCCCCUUUCCUGCAUCAGGAUGCCUCGGCCUCCCCCAACGACAGAGAGCUGCUGGCUGGGAUGAUAGCAGAACCUGCUUUUCUCUCUGAGUAUACUAUCUUUGCUCUGGACCACUCGAAACGACCCAAAGCGGCCCAGGUGCCCAGUGCGAGCAUUGCUAAAGCAGCCGGCAGCUCUCCGAGAGGCAGUGUGAAUGGGGAUGGAAUCGCUUCUCCUCAGGCAAAGGAGCCUCAGUCUCUGGCCCAGAAGCUGCAGCAGAAGGUGUCUUCCGUGGAGUCUUUGCUCCGGGGUUCGGGUCGUGGUGAAGGGCUCUUCCGCUCCGGCUCACGGGACAGUCUGGUUAGAAGCUCCUCCAGAGAAUCCCUCACUCUCAUCGGAGAGAAUGACGCCCAGUCGUCCCUGGCGUACGACCCUCCAUCAGACAUCGAGAGCGAAGCGGAAGACUCGCCCGGCAGCGUCGAGAGUCUGUCGAAAGAACAGCUCUUAAACCGGCUGCACAGGGUGGAGAGAAGCCUCGGCAAUUACAGAGGGAAAUACUCAGAGUUGGUAACAGCCUACAGAACCGUACAGCGGGAUAAAGAGAAAACUCAGGCCAUCCUCAGCCAGAGUCAAGAUAAAGCCCUGAGAAGAAUAGGAGAGCUCAGGGAGGAGCUCCAGAUGGACCAGCAGACCAAGAAACACCUGCAGGAGGAGUUUGACGCUGCUCUCGAGGAGAAGGACCAGAUGAUCACUGUGCUUCAGACUCAAGUGUCUCUCUUGAAGAAGCGACUGCAGGCGUCUGGAGGUAUGGUAUCAUCAGAAGGCGAGACCUCUCAGUCCACGGAUGCGGUUGACGCGGCCUCUGACAUUCAGAGCCCCUCGAAAGACGACAGCUCGACACUUAACACAGCAGAGGGCGGUGGAGAGCCAGGCGGCACGGUGAACCUCGAGUUGCUUCAGAAGAGAAUCAAAAGGCAAGAGAGUCUCCUGCAGAGAUGUAAAGAGAUGAUUCGCUCUAGUAAAGAGCGCUCCGCUCAGCUGGGCAGCGAGAACGAGGUUUUACAGCAGCAGCUGCAGGAGAGGCUGCAAGAGCUUGAGAAAAUGAAGGAACUCCACACUACAGAGAAGACGAAGCUGAUCACACAGCUGGGAGACGCCAAGAACCUCAUCGAGCAGCUGGAGCAGGACAAGGGAAUGGUCAUUGCUGAAACGAAGCGUCAGAUGCAUGAGACUUUGGAGAUGAAGGAAGAUGAGAUCGCUCAGCUGCGCUCCAGACUCCAGCAGACCCUCGCACAGAAAGAUGAGCUGCAGGAACAGAAAGAGAAAUCGGAGAAAGCAGCGUUUGAAGAGCUGGAGAGAGCCCUGGGUGUGGCCCAGCGGGCGGAGGAGGCACGCCGUCAGCUACAGGUGAGCAUGGAGGAGCAGGUGAAGCAGGUGGAGAAGGCUGGUGAGGAAGAGAGGAGAAGCCUGCAACUGGAGCUGACCAGGGUCAAACAAGAAGUGGUCACCAUUAUGAAGAGGUCCACCGAGGACAGGAUAGCAGAAAUGGAGCGGUUACACUCAGAGGCUAUGGCUAGCAAAGAACAAGAACUCAGUGCCCAGAUCAAACAGGCGGUGGAGCAGUGUCGUGAGGAGCUGUUGCAGUCGGCACAGGAAAGAGAACAGCAGGCAUCUCUCGCUCUGGAGGAAGCAGAGCUGCAGAAAGCUGCAGUUCAGUCUGAGGGGGAGAACAAAGCCAAGGAACUACAGCUAGAGUUGGAGUCUGCCAGAACGAGAAUUCAAGAACUUGAGAGUUGCCUUGGUAGCUCAGAGAAGGAUUACACCAAGUCAGAUGAACUCCCUGUGCAAAUGGAAGAGCUGAGAAAGAAACAUGAGGCUGAAAUAGCUGCUCUAGAAGAGGCACAUAAGCAAGAACUUGAAAGAAAAAAGACAGAGCAAAUGAAAGACCUCAGCCAGCAGCAUGAUGUUGUUAUGGAAGAGCUCAUGCAGAAACACAAGGCAGAGAUUGAAUCUAUUCUGAAAGACAAGGAGGAACAGUUCCAUUCCCACGUGGAAGAUAUGAACAAAAAGAUGCUUGAUAAACUGAGUGACAAACAGACAGAGAUUGAGACCCUGUCUUCUGAUCUCAGUGAAGUACUGAAUAGUAGACAACAGUUAGAAGAGAGGCUGGCCUCUGUGGAGGCCAGCAGUGAAACUGCAAGACAAGAGUUUGAGGAAAGACUCAAGGAAGAACAAGCAAAAUAUCAGGCUGAGAUUGAAGCUGCGAUACAGAGUCAACAGUCGUUUGCAAUGGUGGAGAAAAUGCUGAAAGAAGAAAUAAAUCAGCUGAAGACUGUGUUGGAGAAGAAGGAAAAAGCACUAGAGGAACAUAUGCUCAGGGAAAAGACUUUGCAAGCAGAUGGAAGUGCUCAGUUGGAGGAACUUCGUCUCAGGGCACAGUCGAAUAAAGAGGCCCUUGAGGAAUCAAGAUCUCAGAUUAGCACCCUUACAGAAGAACUCAAUCAAACCAAGAAUCAAGUGAAAGAUCUUGAGCAAACCCUUGAGGCAGUGUGUAAUGAUUGUCAGGAGAAAGGAGUGUGUCUUGAACAGAAGACGAAUGAACUUCAGGAACUAAUGCAGAAGAUGGAGCAAGUCAAGAGGGACCUAUCUGAAAACGAGAAUUUGCAUUCUGCAACCUGCAAAACAAUGCAAGAGGAGCAAAACCGGUUGAGGAAGCAGCUGGAUGACCAGAAGAGUUCUCACGAGAAUAAACUUGAGAACAUCAGGAAAGACAUGGAUUGCAAACUGAAAUCGCAGGAAAACAAAAUGGAGAAAUUCAAGCAGAAAGCCAAAGAAGCACAGGACAAAUUGAAGAAGAAGCUUCAGGAUCAAGAGGAGAAUGCCAAAGCAGAGUUAUCUAAGACUGUUCAAGAGUUAGAACUGAAAGACCAGCAACUGAAGGAGAAGAUCCUUGAGGUGGCACAAGCAAGCUCUGAGGGCCUCAGCACCGCCAUGUCUGAUUUGGAGGCCAAUCACAAGGAGCACUUGGGUAAGCUUCAGGUUACCCAUAAACAGGAGCUGGAAGACCUUGUUCGUCAUUGGCAGGAGAAACUCAACCAGCAUGAGGAGGAGAUGCAAGAAAAACAUGCCCAAUCUUUGCAAGAGAAAGCCCAGGAGUUGGAGGAGAUCUCUCAGCUGCUUUCGGCCAGCAGGGAAGAAAAGGAACAGAUCAUGAAAGACAUCCAGAACCUCAGGGAGGAGCUUGCCAUGAGGGAAACCACUGUGCAGAAACUACAGACAGAGCUCAGGGAAGCAGCAAGCAAGGUGGAAAGUUUGUCUGAAGGGGAAGGUAUACUUAAAAGGCAAGUUGAAACCAUGGAGAAGAAUCUAAACCAGGCCUUGAAUGAACAAAAUCUUCUGCAGGAUGAACUGAGAAAGACUGAGGAAACUAGUAAGGAGAAAUUGCAGGGCAUAUCUGAAGAGUUGAUAAACACCCAGCAAAAGUUGAGUUUGCUUGAAACAUCCAAGUGUAAAGAGGGCGAAGAUCUCCAGAGAACACUUGCAGAAAAAAUGGCUGAACUUAAAAAUAAAGAAAAAGAAUUCCAGACACAAUUGUGUACCAUCACAAAGGAGUUUGAACAGUGUUGUCAGGAAGCCCAGGAUAAGUUAGAUGGUUUCUCUGUUGGGCUGUGUAAGAAAGUUGAGGAACGAGUUAGGGAAUUACAAAACCGGGUUAUCGGUAAUCAGAAUAAGGUAACAUAUCUAAAAAAUAGUAUCAUGACGAAGGACAACAGAAUCAGCACUUUAGAGAAAGAACUUCAGCAGACUUUGGAUGAAAACCAUAAUCUAAAGAGCUCUCUUGAUGAGGUAACUCUUCAGUUUAGUGCAAGUUCAGAGACUCUUAAAGCCUUACAAACUGAAAUGGAGUCUCUGCAAACUGAUGCGGAGAAUCGCUCCCAAGUACUUUCUGAGAAAGACCUUAACAUUGAGCAGCUUCGCGAGGAGAACAAAAACGUAUCAGAAAAUCUCAAAGCAAAUGUUUUGCAAAUCAGCAAUCUAGAAUCUGUCAUAAAUGACUUGAAGACCCAGUUAUCAAGUAGCAUAACUGAAAAAGAGGAAGCCAUAUCUCUGCUGAAUCAGCAGCACAAUGAGGACAAGGAGAGGGUGAUAUGCCAAAUGGGGGAGAAGGAGGAAAGGCUAGAAAAAGAAAAGACCUCGCUUCAAGAGCAGGUAGACUCACUCAGGAAUAAGUUCUCUGAGCUGAAAAAGAAGUUCAGUCAGAGUCACAGCACUGUUAAGUCUCUUCAAGAUAAAGUUGCGGACAUGGAGAGGCAGAUUGCGGAGAAGGACGGACAACUUCAGAUGCUCACUGCCAGCGUUGACAAUCACUCCAUUAGUAAGUCCGAGAUGGACCAGGCACUUAGUGAGAAAGAUCAGAGGGUUCAUGCCUUGACCUCAGAGCUGGAAAUCUGCUCAAAGAAAGUUUGCGAUCUGGAGGAGCAGCUGGAAUUGCGGACAAAAGAACGAGAACAGCUUGCAGCUGAUUUGCAGCAGCACCUUACCAUUAGGGAGAGCGAAAAGAUGGAGUUGAUGAAACAAGUGCAGGAAGCUCAAGAACAAAGCUCUCAAAAUGGCGCCCUAAUACAGAAAACUGAGGAAAGUCUUCAGUCUUUAAAGAAAGAUGUUGAAACAGCCAAGCAGGAACUGGAAUCCCAGAGGAACGACUUUGAGAGGGAGAAGGCAGAGAUUCUGAGGACAAAAGAAGAGGCGGUGAAGGCAGCCCAGGAAAAGGCGUCCUCCGAGACGGCUGGUAAAGUAGCUGAGUUGAAGAAGAAGGCAGAGCAGAAGAUUGGCAUGAUUCGUAAACAGCUGAUUUCACAAAUCGAGGAAAAGGAUCAGGCUAUCAAAGACCUGCAGAUGCAGUUGGAUGGUAUCAAGCAAACCCAGACUGAAAAAGAAGAACGUAUAAAGUCUCUAGAGGAAAUUGAGAAGACAAUGGAGGAGGCCACUGCAAAAUUAAAGGAAGAGCAUGCAAAACAUCUACAGGAAUUGCAGCAGAAAGAAAAUGAGGAAAGACAGGCCUCUCUGCAAAGCUUAAAAGAUACGUAUGAAGAGAAGCUUGCUGUUCUUCAUAAAGACGCAUCUGCAAAGGAGGAGCAAUCUGCUUUUGCUGCAAGAGAAACUUCUUCCAGACUUGAGGAGCUUGAGACCAAACUUUUGGAAUCUAAUGAACAGAUUACAAACUACCAAACCGAGGUAAGUCGCCUUAAAGAAGACCUGCUCGAACAGACCGCUCGAGUGCAAGAGCUUCAACAGACAUGCCUGGAUCUUCAAGAACAGAUAAAGGAGAAACAGUUUGAUGAAAUAGAGAAUGUACAUGUUUCUGAAGUGCAAAUGACCUCUAGUAGAUUAGGAAUGGAGCCUGCAAUGUUAGUGGCCAAGGAAAGCGAGGACACUGCUAGGGACCAAGACGACUGGACAAGUCAGAAGGACUUGUUGGUAAAGGAAUACGAGGAGAAGCUCCAAGAUUUACAGCAGAGGUUAGAAGAGAAAGAAAAUCAGCUAAAAGCACAACAGAGUUCACCUCAAGGAAACGGGGAGACUGAUAGUGAGUGCCUAAUCAACAAUGCAAACACCUCAGAGAAUGAUCUUCAGAGAAAACUGGUAGAGGCUGAGAACGAGAAGCAGAAACUCCACAAAGAUUACACCAGACUACAAAAAGACCUUCGGUCUCUAAGGAAAGAGCAUGAGAAGGAACUGGAUUUCCUGAAAAAGGAGAUGGCUGAGGAAAACGAGAAGAAGCUCAAGCUUGAAAUGGAAGAUAUGGAAAUGAGACACAACUCUUCUCUUAAGCAGUUAAUGAGGGAGUUCAACACCCAAAUGGCCCUGAAGGAAAAGGAACUGGAAGGUUCUGUGAAGGAGACCAUUGAGAAAGCUCAAGGUGUUGAGGCUGAGAUUAUAAAUAGCCAUCGGGAUGAAGUCAGUCAGCUUCAGAAAAUAAUCGCUCAGAAGGAGGAAGAGCUAAACAGAACGGUUCAGCGUUAUGAACAGGUCCUUCAGAGUCGUGAGGUGGAGAUGGGCGACCGCGUGUGGGAGGUGCAGAAGGAGUUAGAGGAGCUACAGCAGAGGAGUCUCAGCGGCCCACAGGGUCUGGAUGAGUUAAAGGUUCAGCUUGCAGAAAAGACAACCAUGUUGAGCGAGGCCAGGCUAAAAGAGCAGGAAUACCAUGACAGGAUUCAUGCUCUGGAAGACAAAAUAAGACGCUCCCAUAAAAAUGCAGUGGUGACUCACCUGGGAAGCACAUACAGAGAUAUGUCACACAACAGCGGCGACCCUUUCUCCGAGCCCACCGAAUACGAGUACCUCAGGAAGGUCAUGUUUGAGUACAUGAUGGGAAGAGAGACAAAGACAAUGGCCAAAGUCAUAACAUCCAUGCUGAAGUUUCCUCCGGACCAGGCGCAGAAGGUUCUGGAGCGUGAGGAUUCCCGUGUGAUGCCUUGGCUCCGGUAAGGUGGAACCAGAACCGUGCCUGAACCUGCCUGACAAAACCACCGAUUCUCCUGCUGCUGCUGACGGAUGCUACUGACGUGAAAGAGCCCGGCCUACUUAUCUAUAUGUGUGUGUGUAAAAGAGAGAGAGAGACAGAGAGAGAGAGCAGUGUGUGUGUGUGUGUGUUUAUGGUUACUGGUACAAGGGAACUAGGUUAAAUCAAGAAACUGAGAGAAAAUUUAAAGAAUAUUCUUAAAUUUGUAGCUUGCCAGAAAAUAAUUUAUUACAUGGAUUUUUCUUGCUUUCUCUUUUUCAUUUUGUUUUUUAGGUUAGACUGUUCUUUUUUUAAAGCUGCAUUUGUAUGAUUUGAAAACUUGUGCAAUAAGUUUGAUUAUAAGUUUCAGUUGAUUCCGAAUCACUUUGUUUGUAUUCUUCCUUUUCUCUGUUUUAAGGUAAGAUGAAAUUACCCUUUAACGAUCUGCACAGCACAUGUACAAUAUAGAGACACAGGCUCAUAGUAUGCUGAUUGUUUACUAUGCUUUUUUUGUUUGUUUGUUUUUGUAACUUAAUACUGUAUUUUCGGGGAAACUGACUAAUUAGAACCAUGCUUCAUAUUGUAAAUAAUCAUUGAUGAAAAACAGCUAUAAAUCUGUCAUAUGGCCCUUUGAGGUGGUUAAUACAUUUUAAGACAUCUAAUAAAGUUUUAUUUACACUACA